AACGAGGGCCCAAAAUUUUCCCAGAGCCCAUAUCACCGAACCCAAAGACGACGAACUGAAACUUGAGGAAGAAGAGAAAAACAAGACCCUCUCUUCUUGUGUCUGAUCGAAGAAACCAACCAGUCAGUCAUGAAUUCGUGUUCGUGAUUUGCGCCACGCUACACACACUUACUUCGAUUUGAAUCAUCACUCUCUUCACUCCUCUCUCCAAGUGCUUCCCACAAUGAUGUCCCCGAACCGCGUCUCAGAGGAUCGGGGCACCCCACCACAACAUUUCAGACACACACCCUUUCAGAUAAUCCAUAUUGUUGCAAAUUUCAUGAGGAUAUGGUCAAUAUACUCGAUGUACCGCUACUUCUUGCAGACUGGUGCUUCUGUUGUUCUUUUUCUGUUUGCCUGCCUGGCCCCAGCGUCCAUCCUAUUUUUGAUUUUGCAAAAGCCUUGGAAGGGCAGGCCUCUUUCUAAUACACAGAUUGUUCCUUCUAUAAUAAAUGGUGGCAUAACAGCACUGUAUCUGGUCUUGUGGGGAAAGGGACUGAAAUCAUGUGGGCCAGUUAGAGCAAUAUUGGCUGAGUAUUCUGGUGCUGUUCUUGGAGUACUUUCUGCAGUGUUAUAUGGCAGGAGAGGUCAUUUGUGGAAAAAGAUAGGCGGCCUUAUUGCCAUGUUGGCAUCCUUAUACCUGUUAUCAGAAGGAUGGGCUACAGCAACAUAUUCUCCAUUCUCAUGGGAAGAUAGAGAUGAUUCUGAGGCUAAAACUGAACCAGUUUUGGGCCUGAGGCAUAUGUUAGUCCCUAUUAUUGCUGGUAUUCUAUCUGCGCUCAGGAGAGUGAUUGCAAGGCGUGUUUCAAUCAAGAAUCAACUUAAAAGGCGACUCCAUGCUUUAACUAUUGCUUCUGCAACAUGUUUUAUGUUUCCUAUUGCCAUGUGGGACAUGAUCAUAGGAUCAUCAUCUGAAUCUGAUAGUAACGCAAAGCUUCCAUUUUCUGCUUGGGCCUUCUUGAGCACUAUUCUGUUUGGAAAUAUUGUGAUAUUCUAUGCUGACAGUAUUGCAGAGGAGAGAUUGCACAUGGUUUUCUCCUCACCGAGGCAUUUAGCAGCAGCUGGUGCGUGCAUCAUCAUAAUGGAGAAAGUUUAUAAGAUGGAUUUUUCUCUCACAGGAUUCACGAUUUGCUGCUUAAUAUUAGGUUUUGGGAUAUAUGAAGCAACUUCAUUGGAGCGCAAUAGAAAAGAUUCUAUCCGAAAUUCAGAUUUAUCCAAUGGAGAAUUUGAUAAUCAAAUCCAGAUGUCACCACUACCUACUUGAAUUGCAGACAAGCUGUUUUCCGCUGUGAAGAUGUGUUAUCCGCCACUUUUGGGAAGCUCCAGCAUCUAGUUUUCUAUACACCUAAUUCUUGAUGAUUGAUCUGAUCUGAUAUGAUCCUUGGGGGCCUGAGAAGCACUUUUAACCUACCAAGUUCAUUAUUUUGCUUCCUACAAGAUCAUUACUAGUCUGGUAGUUUAUUGUGUAGUUUAGGAGUGAUUUUCUAUCAUGAAGAAAAAGAAGCAUUAUUCGUCGUCAUGGUAGAAGUUCUUUGAAUCUUGUUAUAAUUGAAUCACCCAUAUGAGCUAACUGCACAUUAUAAUGAAAUUAUUGAAUAUGCCAAACUGUUGGUUAUUCCUUGUAUGUUAUUUUCCCCCCCUUCCCAUUUCUCUUA